AUGGCACCUAUCAAACAACCAGACCUAAAGAAGAAAAAAAGGACUUUUUUCAAAUCGACACUGGACAUAGCUAUACCCAUCCUGAAGGAUGAUAGCGUGAAGAAGCAGGAGAAAGGGAAGGUGGUAUUACCAACAAAGAAGAGUCAGAGUCAAGAGUUGACUCUGGCCGCGAAUAGUACCAAGCCAGAGGUGAAUAGUCGUACGGGCAAAACAACUGGUGUGGAGAAGAAGAAGAAGGAUAGUGUAUAUAAGAAAGUUAAAGUGUACACUUCAAAGGCCAAGUCUAAAGCUCAGGCGAUAGUUGGUAGGAGUACGAGGAGUAUUGAUAGGUCUAGUAAGAGUAGUGUGAUUGGGACAAACAAAUCAAGUCGUACGGUCUCGGUCUCAACAAAGAACGCGAAGGCACUUACGAAAAUACCAAAAGCAAAAGCAACGCCUAUCGACAUGGAUAAGGGUAAGAAGAAUAAUGUGAUAGGAACAAGUAAAUCGGUUAAAGGCAAGAAGGAGGUUAUACCGAAGAUGCAGUCCAGCUCAAAGGUGGUAAACACAACUAGGAGCAGGAGCAUUACACUUUCCAAGCCUAACGUUCAGAAGAAGAAAUACAGGGUGAUCACGGCCAGAUCGAUCAAAGCUACAAAAGAGAUACUUUCCAAACGUAUAUUGUCGACCUAUAAAUCUAAAUCACAAACAGUAGCUGAAUCACAGAAACAGAAAGAGUCUCAGAUAGGAUUGGAGACAAGAGUCAAAAGUAGUACUGGUGGCAGUAGUAGUAAAUCGUUGAAGAAGGAAUAUAUGACAGCUGGUUUCUAUUGUCAAGAUCCCCACCCACCAUCUACGAAACAACUCCAUAACAAAAUAUUGUCAAUACGCAAAACCGAGAGCAAAAAUGCCAAGUCUCAGAGUCAGAGGGGGAAGAGUGAUACGGCGGUUGGACGAAGUACGAGGAGUAAACAAGCUUCAUCUUCAACCACUACCAUGACGAAGAAAAACAACGGGUCUGCUUCUAAGGACGAACAAAACGUCUCUGUCUCUUUCCCACCCUUACCUUAUGAUCAUGGGUAUGAUCUCUUCUUCAAGCAGGAGCACGAGUUUACGUUACCGUAUAAUAUCAUGAAAGAGAAGUUGGAUGGGAAAUUGGAUGGGAAGAAGAAGCCUAUGGCUUAUUCGAGAAUCAGCAAGAACAUCUACCCAGAACGACAAAAGUAUCAAACGGACUUUCAUGCGAUAUGCAAAUGUUCGCCAGAGUCGAAAUGUUCCGAUCAAUGUAUAAAUAGAUUAAUGAGUUAUCUCUGUGGGAAAGACUGUCCGGCAGGUGAUGAAUGUACGAAUAAGACUUUGAGGAAGAGGAAAGGCGCGAGCUAUAAGGUAGUCUAUACCGGUUCAAGAGGCUUCGGAAUCGUGCUUACUCAGGAUGUUAAAGAAGGGGAUUUCGUUAUGGAUUAUAGAGGCGAGGUAAUAACGAUGGACACCUUCAUGGAACGUAUACAAAAUGAGUACAAGGGGACUAAGAAUUUCUAUGCGUUGGCCUAUGACCAAGAUGAAGUCAUUGAUGCUGGCAUGAAAGGAAACGACGCAAGGUUCAUCAACCAUGGAUGCGCGCCAAAUCUUGAAGUAAGAAAGUUUGAAAUCGCAGGUGAUGGGCUGGAGGAAUACGAAGUAGGGAUGUGGGCUUUGAGGGAUAUCAAAGCUGGUGAAGAGCUCUUCUACGACUACAACUUCGAAUCUUUCGGAGUAGCCGCUCAGUCCGACGAACUUCGUACCAAGUGUCAUUGCGGUGCACCCAAUUGUAUCGGUUUCCUGGGUAGGAAAGCAGGUGAGAAGACUGCAAAAGGAUUAGCAGCGGAAUUAGCUAGCAAAGCGAAAACCCUCACCAUCAAGAAAUCAACGAAGAAGACAUCCAAAAUCAGAAAGAGUACGAGUAUGGGCGCAACACUUCAAGGUAGCACGGCCGUCAUGGGGUUGAUGGAAGAUACUCCAUCAAUUAUUUCGGAUUCUGGACCAAUCUCUUCGCAAUCAAGUGUAUCUCUCAAAACACCCUCGGAGAGUUCCGUCGAUGUGGUUAUCGGUCCAGCAUCUAGUACUACUUCAUCUGUGGAGUUAACCACGAAGACAAGUGGCAGAAAGAGGAAGAGUGAAGUGUCAACUUUGGACGUCGAUAGUAGUAUUAUCGCAAAGAAGAGAAGUAGGAAAUCCGAAACGGUCCCUGUAAUCUCGAUCACAGCGAAGAAGGCUAAACCACGCAAAUCCGAACCUGUACCUGCAAGUGAAGCUUCACUUCCAAAUUCAUCGACUAUCCUAACACCAACGAAAACAAAAAAGUAUAAACCAAGAAAAUCCGAACCUAUACUUCCAUCUCAGGGGAAAACCCUCAAUCCACGAAUCAGUAUGGCCGAAGUUCGAGAAGCUGCCAGGAUCAAGAAAGCGGAGAUUGUGAAAGCCAGAAGAGGAGUGCCGAAAGGAUGGGUCAUCUUGCCGCUUGGCACGAGUACAGGUACGAGUACGAGUGUGGCUAGUAAUGCUGGACCCGGAAUAACGGGAGGGAGAAAACCGCCGAGAGAUAGAUCGAGUUUGGGUUGA